CAACUCAUUUUUAGAUGAAGUCUACUUUUCUUUUCCUUUCAUUUCAUUUCUCUUGGGCUACAAAUAUUGGAUUCCCUCCACCUAGUCCUAUCUCCAAACCAUCUCCAUCUUCACAUGACCUCAAAAAGAAUAAAGUCUUCCAACAUUAAAUUUCAUUCACACACUUCUAGUCCUAAUCAAAUUUGACACUUUCCCACACACUUCCAUCCCCCAAGGAAAAACAUAUCCACACUUUCCUCCCUCCCUCUCUCUCUCUCUCACACACACAUCACAAACACACAUUGUGAGUGAUGUUGAAUCCAGCAAAUCAUGUUGCGCCACAGCCUUCAUCACCCACUAAUUCGUCCCUCUCCUCUUCUGAUCUCGACACUGAGUCAACAGGCUCAUUCUUCCAUGACAGAAGCACCACGCUAGGAACCCUCAUGGGCGUCACCGUCCAAGCCAUAACGUUCCGGGCCACCUCCCAGCACCGCCACCAGGAGAUCCCCGGUUCCGACGCCCGGAGAAACAAGAACAACCGGGCCGCCGCGGCCCGCCAGCGGCGCCGGUGGUGGCGCCUCUGCAGAGACGAAUGCGACUCCAGAAGGGCCUCUCUCGGAGAGUAUUUGGAGGUGGAGAGGAGGUUCGGCGGCGGCGGCGCGGCGGAGCUUGAUGAAGGGCUGGUUCAGGAGCUGCAGCCGAGAAAUGGGCGGGCCUUAUUUGCGGAUGGGAUGGUUCUGCCGCCGGCGCAGGUUGUGGAGGAUUUGGAUUCGUCGCCGGCGGCUGCGGCGGGGAUUUGUAGAUUCUCGGCGGUAGAGCGGUGGUGUAAUUUAGUGUAGUUUAGUGCAGUGUAGUACAGUUUGUUUGUUUAUUGAGUAGUGACUUUCUUUUUUUUUCUUUUUCUUGCUUUUUCUGCAGUUUUGCCUUUUCUUCUUCUUUAUUUUUAUUUUUUAUUUUUUAUUUUUUAAAUUGUUUAUUUCUAAAUCUGGCACCACUGAUUGAACAUCAUAUGAUCUGCUUUAUGGAGUUGAAUAUAGUCAAGUGCUUUUU